CUCUCAUUAGUCAUGCCUUGUUCAGUCGAAGCCGUACAACACUCGCGACUGCAGUGCUGGGUGAAGAGGCACAUAAUACAAGUCAAGUAAAUUGGCAACAUGUCCCGCCAUCACCCCGAUCUUGUGAUGUGCCGCAAGACGUCCGGCAUUGCCAUCGGCCGGCUAUGCGACAAGUGCGAUGGUAAAUGCCCCGUCUGCGACUCAUAUGUGCGCCCUACGACUCUGGUGCGCAUCUGCGACGAAUGCUCGUUCGGCAACUAUCAAAACAAGUGCGUCGUCUGCGGUGGGGAGGGCAUCAGUGACGCAUUCUAUUGCUUCGAAUGUACCCGAUUAGAGAAGGACAGGGACGGAUGUCCUAAGAUUAUCAAUCUGGGAAGUUCGAGGACGGAUCUGUUUUACCAGAAGAAGAACUUCAGGAAUCAACAGCAUUGAAAGGCCAGCAAUGAAACAUCAUCCAUUUGCUGCCGGAACAAAGAUUAUGUGGGCAACGUGCGCCGAUAAUCACUGCGCGCAACUUGCGUCGCAGCUUGUCUUUCCACUCAUAAUACGCAGUGUAUCAAGCCUACAAGCUACAUGCCAGCUAUCUUCUGUCGGGAGUUGGAAGCAUGGAGAGCAUGAGUGGAAGAAGAGGAGCUGUGCAUGCGCGUCAGCGCACUCCGGGGACAUCGAGGAGGGGGAGGGCUUUGCACACUCUCAACAAGCG